UCACGAAUCAUACCAAGUAAUGAUUUGCUCGACGAACAAGGCACCCCUCACCGGUUUAGUAUCAUGCAAUAAUAUCCAGUGCUAAACUUGAGUACUCGACAAUCUCAUUUCGGCGGUGUACUGAUUGCUUUUAGUCAGAAUAUUGUUUGUUGAACUUGUGAAGGAUUUGCCUUCGAUCGUACAAGUGUAAUGUCGAGUCAGGCUGAACGAGAUACUAUCAAAAAGAUAAAGCGGCUGGUCAGAACAAAGGUAUUGUUUUAAAAUGAUUCUUUGAGACACUCAAUUGAGGAUCCUAUUCUGAUUAUUAUUGACAGUGUUUGAGUGCAUGCCAGUUUGUGUUAUCCGCCAAAAUGAUUAAUCAAUGAGAUAGUGCAGUGAUGUAUUUGAUAGUGAUUUGUUAUUAUACGUACGCACAAUAUUACGAAUCUUAAUUUAAGAUAUUGCAUGCUUUAAGGUAUGUUCGACGAUAAUAUUAUGUUUAAAGCUAUAAAUGCAUGUAACGUAUUGAACCCAUUUUUGUUAUAAAGCAUUGUGAUUGAUGUUGAUUUUGAUUUAUUUACGCCUUCGGAAUACUAUCAGGAACUCGUCUAAACCUAGAGACAACAAGAGACAACAAUAUUUGUUUAUUUUGCGAUUUUGACACUACUUGUUGGUCCAAAUUUUGGGACCUAAAGUUUUUAUUCCUCAACCAAUUUUGUAUUUCUUCAUACUAGUCAAAAGGCCAUAAAAGCAUUCCACACAGCCAAAAAAGUUUCUACGGUCUCGCUUUGUAUAGUAAGAUAGUAAGAUUAUAAUCAUUGAAUAAAUUUUAACAAUCGACAUGUUUUUCUUCUGAUUCAAAUUGUAUCACACUGAUUAAAUGUAUUGAUUCGAAUCUAUAUUUGCACGUCUUAAUUCAUGAUUGUACGGGUACUCGGGUAGCUUCUUGAUCCUAUUGAUCUUGUCAGCAAAACAUGAUUCUGUUGAAUAAUCUAUGGCAACCUUUGUAUCGAUAAUUUUCGCUGAGUUUCGCAAAUUUCUAAUUCCAAUGUGGAACAUUUAAUUUAAAGUUUGUUACAUCAAAUAUUUCAGAGGAUGGCCGAGACAAUCAAGGUAGCAGUGAGGGUUCGGCCCUUCAACAUGCGAGAACAGGAGAGAGGAGCUAAGCUGGUGAUCGACAUGCAGGGCAGCCAGACAAUCAUCAACCACCCUAAAGGGAACGUGGAGCCGAAGAAGUUCCAUUUUGAUUAUAGUUAUUGGUCACACGAUGGGUAUAAAGAGGACGCUGAGGGCUACAUGCACCCGGAUGAUGACCGGUACUGUGAUCAAGCGAGGGUCUUCAAAGAUUUGGGCGAGGGGGUCCUCUUUAAUGCUUGGGCUGGCUAUAACUGUUCCUUGUUCGCUUACGGGCAGACGGGUUCUGGUAAGUCCUACUCGAUUGUGGGGUACGGAGCUAAUAAAGGUGUUAUUCCAGUUGUUUGUCAGAGACUGUUCUCUAAAAUUGAGGAGAAAGUUGCGGCAAAACCACAGGAUGAAUAUGAAGUUAAUCUUGCUAUGAUUGAAAUUUACAACGAACAAGUGAGAGACUUGUUAAAUCCUGCUUCAUUAAAGCUCAAAGGUGGACUUAAGAUUCGGGAACAUCCAAAGAAGGGUUUCUAUGUAGACAAGCUAACCACACACGCUGUCGGAAGUUACGAAAAUAUCGAAAUGAAAAUGGACAACGGGACAAAAAACAGGACAGUCGCUGCGACAGCUAUGAAUGCAACGAGUAGCAGAGCCCAUACAAUCGUUGCUUUAACAUUUGUCCAGAAGACCAAAGAGGAAGGCCAACAGGCUAUGACAAAAACAUCAGUAAUAAACUUAGUAGAUUUAGCUGGCAGUGAGAGGGCAGCUUCUACAGCGGCAACUGGUGACCGGUUAAAAGAAGGGGCUGCUAUCAACCAAUCGCUCUCUACGCUCGGUAACGUAAUAGCUGCUCUUGCUGAUGUAGCCGCUGAAGGCAAGGCUCCUGGUAAAUCAAAGGUAAUUGUCCCUUUCAGAGACUCUUCCCUGACUAAACUCCUCAAGAACGCUCUCGGAGGAAACAGUAAAACAGUUAUGAUGGCAGCCGUAUCUCCAGCUGACAUCAAUUAUGAUGAGAGCUUGUCGACGCUUAAAUUUGCUGACAGAGUCAAAAGAAUUAAAACUGUUGCUGAGGUCAAUGAGUCUCCGACAGAGAAGUUAAUCAGGGAGCUAAGAGAAGAAAACGCGAAAUUGAUGCAUAUGUUAGGUGGAUCAGGGAUACCUGAUGUAGCCAUGAUAGCUGAGGCGAGUACUGAGGUAUCUGAAGAAGAGAAGGAGAAGAUGAGAAAAGAAAUAGAAGACGAGUUACGAGCACAAAUGAUGCAGAAUCAUAUGGAACUAGAAGACUCGGAAAAAAGUGCUUCGCAGAAAUUACAAGAGAUGGAAAAAGCCAUGGAGGAAGAACGAAAGAAGAAACAGUCUGACACAGAGAAGAGACACAAAAAACCUUACCUUUGGAAUUUAAACGAAGAUCCAGCUCUCUCGGGUGUUGUGUGCCAUCUCAUUGAGCGAACCAAAGUUCUAAUUGGUAAAGGAGAAAAGUGUCAAGUAAGACUACAGGGUCUCAGUAUUAUGGACGAGCAUGCUUUGAUUGAAGUUGAUAAACAGCUUAUCUAUAUUACUGUUCGCGAGAACGCCAAAGUGACUUUGAACGGUGAUCCGUUAACGACGCGAACUGAGUUACACCACAAUGACAGGAUCCUGUUUAGUGCGGGUCACGUGUAUGUGGUUCAUCAUCCCUACCAGUUCAAGAAGGCUAACAAGGCAGGGAAAACUUUCGAACCGGUUACUUGGGAUGUGGUUCAGACUGAGAUCGCGGAGAAAUCUGGCUUCGAUGUUGAUAGAAAAGGAAAAUCACCAGAGGAGCUCCUGCUCCAAGAGGAUCUUAUCUCGUUGAUGCCGAUGGUUAACGAAGCAAAUGCAAUAAGCGUAGAGCUCGACAAGAAGAAGCUGUUCGAGAUAGUUCUUGUCGCCCCUCAGGCCAGAGGUCUUAGUAAGGGAAGAACCGAAGUCAUGGUGAAGAUUUCUGAUUUGAUUCAUAACAAUUCUUGGCUCUGGGAUCGUAACAAGUUUAUUAACCGAAAGUACAAAAUGUUGGAAAUGUAUCAGGGCUAUGUCGACGAAGAUGCUGAUUGGGAUCUUCCACAGGAUAUUGAUCCGUUUUAUGAAACAGUUGCUAGUCAUGUUUUGAUAGGACAAGCUCAAAUUCAUCUCAAGUGUUUGACUUACCUGAUUGGAUUUGAAGAAAGUGUGAUAAUAACUGAUUACCAGGCCCAAGAGAGGGGUUAUCUUCAAGUCAAUAUCGUUCCUCUUAAACAGGAUGAAACCCCAAUUGAAGAUGACGAUGACGAUUAUUUCGUAGAAGAGCCCAAUGAAUUGAUCGGUAAAAACAUGAAAUAUAAAUUUAUCAUUGUUGGGGCUAAAGGUCUUCCUCAGAAAAUAUCCAACGAUGUUUACUGUGAGUUCAAACUCUAUCUAGAGGACUCCCCAAACGAAACUGACCAUAUUAAUUCUAAGAAUCCUGAUUGGAACUGGUCAAAAGUAUUUUCUCAUUCGCCUGUUACGGAGCAACUGCUGGAAUACCUCAACGAAGAGGUGCUCAUCGUAAAAGUUUGGGGGAAACAACGUCUUGAAGAUGAUUCUAAGGUAAACAAGCUUACUACAAAGGAAUUGAAAUCACUGAACGAGAAAGAAAAGCUCACCUCAUACAUGAAAAAAAUGGAAGGUGCUGGCGGAGGUUUCGAUAUGGCCACAACAGUCCGGAAAAUAGAGCUCAUGCACCAAAUGGUUACUGAAAUUAAAAAAGUUACCGACGACGCGAAAAAGGAUGGGAAAACGACAGUAGAUGUGGCAGCAAUCGAUGCUAUUCUGACGCCAGAAAGAAUGAAACUGAACGAUGUUAGCCAAAUGAUCCAAGACGAAAAGAAAAAUCCCAACAGUCAACUUUGUUGCAUUUCUUGAUUUUUUAAACCACAGAAAAUGGUUUCUCAGGUCAUGUUCAAAACACUCUAUUUCUGAUAUUGGGAACAGAUGCCAUUUCUAUAAAAUUCCUUGUUUGGCGAGUUAUAUCGCAAUAUGUUUAUCGUGUAUCAUAUUUCAUAUUGUUAUACCUAAACUGAAAAAUUUGGCAGAGUCUUCGCAUGUAUCAAAAAUAGUGUGUUGUCCUGACAACAACAUAUAUCUAUGUAAUGUCACAUGUGUUCCAGUGUCUAUGUGACAUGCUUAAUGUUCGACUAAGUAAUUUGUACGUUGAUGUUCAUAAUUUCAUAAUCGUUCAUGUAAUUGAUGCUGUUUUAAGCGUAAGACAGAUGACAAGUAAAGAUUAUGUAGUACAUAAAUAAGCUGGACUUAAAAUGGUGAUUGAUAUUUCAUUCUCUAAAAUAUUUUCCUUGAUGACAGAUUGUUAUUAUACUAUUAAUCUUGUUUAUUGACAGAUUUACAUUAUCUAACUCAACGAUUCUUACUUGGUUAAGACUUUUUGUAGAAUAUUCCGAAAAGUUUUUCAGUUAAAAUUUGCUUGAGCUAACAAUUCC